AUGUCUGAACUGGACCAGCCAGAUCCAUCAGCUCCAUCAGAUCCAUCAGCUCCAUCAGCUCAAUCAGCUGCAUCAGCUCCAUCAGAUCCAUCAGCUCCAUCAGCUCCAUCAGCUCCAUCAGCUCAAUCAGCUGCAUCAGCUCCAUCAGAUCCAUCAGAUCCAUCAGCUCCAUCAGCAGAGGACGAGCUCAGCAGGGUACGGAGGAACUUUGUUCAGAGGGUUUCAAAGGAAAUCCUCACGCAGCUCCUCGAUGCUCUGCUAACCGACCGUGUCCUGAAUAAUCCAGAGAAAGCAUCGAUAGAGGAGAGGACCACAGUCACAGCAGAUAAGGCUCGGGAUUUGAUUGACACGGUGAGGAAAAAGGGAGAUAAAGCCUGCAGGAUAAUGAUCCGACACCUUCGGACCAUCGAUCCCGCUCUCUGCUCUGAGCUGUUUGAUCCAUCUGCUCAGCCAGAGACGUCUCAGAGUCCUCAGCACAAACUCAAGUCAAACCUGAAGAGGAGGUUCCAGUGUGUGUUUGAGGGCAUCGCUAAAGCAGGAAACCCCACCCUCCUGAAUGAGAUCUACACAGAGCUCUACAUCACAGAGGGAGGGGCUGCAGAGGUCAAUGAUGAACAUGAGGUCAGACAGAUUGAAACAGCAUCCAGGAAACCACAGAGACCAGAAACUACAAUCAGAUCAGCAGACAUCUUUACACUCCCACCUGGAAGAAAAGCACCAAUCAGAACGGUGCUGACACUGGGAGUGGCUGGCAUUGGGAAAACUGUCCUAACACAGAAGUUCACUCUGGACUGGGCUGAAGGAGAAACCAACCAGGACAUCCAGUUCAUGUUUCCAUUGACUUUCAGAGAGCUGAAUGUGCUGAAAGAGGAAAAGUUCAGCUUGGUGGAACUUGUUCAUCACUUCUUUCCUGAAACCAAAGAAGCAGGAAUCUGCAGCUUUGAAGACUUCCAGGUUGUGUUCAUCUUUGAUGGUCUGGAUGAGUGUCGACUUCCUCUGGACUUCCACAGAACUACAAUCCUGACUGACCCUAGAAAGUCCACCUCAGUGGAUGUGCUGCUGACAAACCUCAUCAGGGGGAACCUGCUUCCCUCUGCUCACCUCUGGAUAACCACACGACCUGCAGCAGCCAACCAGAUCCCUCCUGAGUAUAUUGACAUAGUGACAGAGGUCAGAGGGUUCACUGACCCUCAGAAGGAGGAGUACUUCAGGAAGAGAUUCAGAGAUGAGGAGCAGGCCAGCAGGAUCAUCUCCCACAUCAAGACAUCGCGAAGCCUCCACAUCAUGUGCCACAUCCCAGUCUUCUGCUGGAUCACUGCUACAGUUCUGGAGUGCAUCAUGAAGACCAGAGAGGAUGGAGAGCUGCCCAAGAGCCUCACAGAGCUGUACAUACGCCUUCUGCUGUUUCACCUAAAAACAAAGACCAUCAAGAGUGAUGAAGAAAGAUCCAGAGAUCCACGCUGCAGUCCAGAGAACAGGAAGAUGAUUGAGGCUCUGGGAAAACUGGCUUUUGAUCAGUUGCAGAAAGGAAACCUGAUCUUCUAUGAAUCAGACCUGACAGAGUGUGGCAUCGAUAUGAGAGCAGCCUCAGUGUACUCAGGAGUGUUCACGCAGAUCUUUAAAGCAGAUGAGUGUGAAAUGUUCUCAGAAACAGUCUACAGCUUUGUUCAUCUGAGCAUUCAGGAGUUUCUGGCUGCAGUCUUCAUGUUCCACUGUUUCACCAGCAGGAGGACGGAGGUGCUGGAGGACUUCCUGGGAAAAGACUGGGAACAUAAGACCGAGAAUGUCUUGGAGGAAGACGUUGAGGAUUAUUUUUUUUUUCUUUCAUCUGGUGAUGAUGAUGAUGAUGAUGAUGAUGAUGAUGACAGCUCUUUAGAGUGUGUGUUUCUGAAGAGAGUCAUGCAGAAAUCCCUCCAGAGUAAAAAUGGCCACCUGGACCUGUUUGUUCGCUUCCUUCAUGGCCUCUCUCUGGAGUCCAACCAGAGACUCUUAGGAGGUCUGCUGGUUCAGACAGAGAACAGUCCAGAAACCAUCCAGAGAGUCAUCAAGAACCUGAAGGAGAUGAACAGUGAUGAAAUCUCUCCUGACAGAAGCAUCAACAUCUUCCACUGUCUGAUGGAGAUGAACGACCUCUCAGUACAUCAGGAGAUCCAAGAGUUCCUGAAAUCAGAGGAAAAAUCAGGGAAAAGACUCUCUGAGAUCCACUGCUCAGCUCUGGCCUACAUGCUGCAGAUGUCAGAGGAGGUUCUGGAUGAGUUGAACAUGAAGAAGCACACCACAUCGGUGGAGGGACAACGCAGAUUGAUUCCAGCUGUGAGGAACUGCAGAAAGGCUCAUUUUACACACUGUGGACUCUCAGAGAUUCACUGUGAAGUUGUGGCCUCAGCUCUCAAGUCCAACCCCUCCCAUCUGACAGAACUGGACCUGAGUGGGAACAACCUGCAGGAUUCAGCAGUGACACUUGUGUGUGCUGGACUCAAGAGUCCAAACUGUAAACUGGAGGCUCUAAGAUUGAAGAACUGUCAUUUGUCAGAGAUCAGCUGUGAUCAUCUGGCAGCAGCUCUGAAGUCCAAUCCCUCCCAUCUGAGAGAGCUGGACCUGAGUGACAACAAGCUGCAGGAUUCAGGAGUGAAGCAGCUGUGUGGUUUUCUGCAGAGUCCACAGUGUCAGCUGAAUACUCUGAGUUUAGAACACUGCAGUUUGUCAGAGAUCAGCUAUGGUUGUCUGGUCUCAGUUCUGAAGUCCGACCCCUCCAGGCUAAAACAUCUGGACCUUUCUAGCAAUUUUGACCUGAAGGACUCAGGUGUGAAACAGCUGUGUGAUGUUCUACAAAGUCCACUCUGCAGACUGGAGGGUCUGAGAUUGAAUUACUGUGGUUUGUCAGAGAUCGGCUGUCUGGUCUCAGCUCUGAAGUCCAACCCCUCCCAUCUGAGAGAGCUGGACCUGAGUAACAACGACCUGCAGGAUUCAGGAGUGAAGCAUCUGUGUGGUUUUCUGGAGAGUCCACGAUGUGUUCUUGAAACUCUGAGUUUGUAUAGCUGCGGUUUGUCAAAGAUCAGCUGUGAUUAUCUGGCAGCAGCUCUGAAGUCCAACCCCUCCCAUCUGAGAGAGCUGGACCUGAGCUAUAAUGACUUGCAGACUUCAGAUCUGUCUGAUCUGUCUGAACUUAAGGAGAGUCCACACUGCAGACUGGAAAAACUGGAGUGGGGAUACCCAUAGACUGAUGAUCCAGAGAGGUUGAAGCAGCAGCAGCUUGUGUGUAGAUACACUCUGACUGGGCCAUGUUACUGAGAGGUGGAGUGGAGAGGACAGCUUCAUCCAGAUGUUCUGGAUGAAGCAUGAAGAAAUAAAGCCCAGCCCCUCAUGAAGCUCCUGAAAUACUGACAGUCAUCGCCAACAGCCCAACAGACCUCUCUGCUGAUGAUGUGUGUUGCUGUUGUGUUCACUUGUCUGUACAUAGAGCAUCCUCACUUGUUUUUACUCACUGGAACAAACUCCCUGUAUCAGUAUAUAACCAUUAAAUGUCUGAUUGACCUCUAACAGUAAUGCAAUAGGAUGAUGGCUGUUUUACACUAUUAUGAUUCAAAGAAAAUAAAAGAGGGUGGUCAGCACUGUUGCUUCACAUCAAGAAGGUCCUGAGGUCAAAUCCACCAACCAACCAGGGCCUUUGUGUUUGGAUGCUCUCCCUGUCCCUGAGUGGGUUAGAACUGUGGGAAAUGGGGGUGUAGAAACCAUCACAUUGUCUCUGAUUGUAUCCACAUGCUCAAAUGUGAGGUCACAUGGACCCAGGAGGGGUUUCCCAUAAGCCCCUAUGAGCGGCAGCCUUGUGUGUAUUUCGAUGUUCAACUUUAUGUUUUGUCGUUCUCAUAAUAAA